ACUGUACUUAAAAACGCUAUACCCUGGUUUCAGAACUCAUACCGGUAUUUAGAUAAUCCAUAACUUGCCAUAACAAACAUCAAUGGCUGCUUCUUGUUGUCAACCUGUUGUUGUUCCUGCAAAUUAUGAUCCAGUCUUCAAAGGUCGGAUUACGACCAUAAAUUUAUAUCCUUAUCAAGUUGUUUUUUUAAUCUCUCUUUUGAUCGUUAUACUAUGAGCCUAUGGGUUAGUAGGCUGCCGUAGUUAUUUCUUAAAAACUUGAGUUGAACUUGAAGUGAUAAAAAGUUUAAAUUCAAAAAGUAAUUAAGUAAUAUUAAUAUCAAUAUUUACUUAUUACUUAGACUUAGGCUACUAUAAACCAAAACAAAAAAUGAAUAAAGAGUAGAGUUUUAUUCACUGAUUAGACUUAUUUAUAUAUCAAGAAAAAUUCAACGUCAACAUUUUAAUUAAAUGAUGUAAAUGCUAACUACUAAAAAUGUUGUCUUAUUCAUACUUCACUUCAUAGCUUAUUUAUUUAGUAUUUGAUAUUGAUAUAAUAUGAUAUGUCAUUAUGAUUAUGUCCAUACUUGACACUUUGUCUGACUUUGUCUAACACUAACACUAACGGCCAACGAUAAGUAACUAUUACUAUUACUAUUACUAUUAUUAACUUUAAAUUAUAAACAUACUCUAACUUUUUAAAUUUAAAUAUCUAAAUUUAAAAUUAAAUUUCAUUAAUUUUUACUUGAGACUUCUGUACAAUGACAGUCCUGUACAGUACAGAGGUAUAGUUACUAACUAAUAGUAUUAUAUUAUACUGACUACAUUCUUGAACUUGAUGCGUGCAGUUGCAUCUAUUGAAUUGGACUAUUGACUAUUGGCACAUUGGUCAAUCACAGAAUUUGUUUUUUUAAUUAUUCAAUUUUAAUAUUGUUGUGACAUAUCUCUAUUGUUAUGACUUUAUAAAUAUUAUUGUGACUCAUUUAUAUAAGUUUGAUAUAUCUAGUUGAUGUUCUUCAUCAUGCCCCUCUUCAAGAGCGCCUCACUUCAGCAUCAGACAUUCAUUUAGAUGUGAUGGUGCUUAGUUUUCAACUAGACACUUUGUGCAAGCAAAGCCUCUAUACUGUAAGUAAGCUUUAAAUUUCAAUUAGUAACAAUGAUCAUGAGUGUAAAAUAAUUUAAAUGUAUAAAUGCAAUUUCUUUUUUUUUUUAAAUUUUUUUACCAUUUACUUUAUCAUUUGAUAUUUAUGAUGAGGUUAAUUUAAAUUCAGUCAGCAACAGAAAAAUUUCAACAAUAAAUCUUAAUGAAUUCAAAAUCCUUGUGUCUUUAUUCUAAACAAUAUUAUCAAUUAUAUAUCAUUUGAGCUUGACAUUUACGAUGUCCACAAAUUUAGAUUAAAUAGGAAAAACAGAGCUAAGACAACAAAAAAAAUGGCCUGUUAGCGUAAUUUAAUUUUUUCUAAUAGAGGAACCAUGUGUCAUAUGAUAUGAGGGAAUGUUUACUUAAAGUACCGUACUGCCAUACUGAUAUGUGUAAUUUAAUCUCUUUGGAUGGCAUCCAUUAGCAUAAACCAGAGGACAAGAAAUCAAGUACUCUUCGCAACAGUCAAGGUCAGUGGUAGCCAUUCUUUGGAAUAUUUCUGUUCUGUGCCAGUGUUUCUCAAACUUUUUUUUUUUUUGUUUUUUUUUUGUGGAUUUUCACCCUUAGGAGAUCGAUGAAUUCUCUCCCCCUUUCCCUUAACAGCACAGCAAAAUAGUAUGACAGAAACAACUACCAUACAAUAACUAAAUACCUAAAGACAGGAAUGCACCAGUAACAUCCUAUUCCUAAAAUCUUCCUAAUGUUGCCAAAAAAAAAAAAAAAAAAAAAAAAAAAUGUACCUGGUAUUUAUUCUCCUCCUAAAACACUCCGCUAUGGCACAUGGUGUGGGGGUUUGGCUUUUGCUUAAUUUGCAAAACAUGAUUUUAAAUAAUAUUCUUAACUCAUUCCAUCCUGCUGGGUGGCACAUUCCUGAACAAAGGGAGGUUACACAAUUGGUAAAUUGAUUAAGUUUUAUAAAUAUUUUUUUAAGCCACUGAAUCUUAAUUAAUUUUUAAUAAAUAAAGGACAAAUGCAUCCAGAAAUUAAUUAAGAUUAAGAUAAAUAUAACAUUUAAGGACAGAGAAAAACCAACAAAAAAACAAUGAGCAAAAAGUAGAUUUUUGACACCUCUGACCAACACAUGCUAGAUAUAGACGAUCAGUACUCAGACUCAAAACUAAAAUUCUCUACAUGUUCUUUAUACUCCUAACAUUAUUAAUCAUUUUCACCCCAUAUCAAUUAAUCAAGUUAGCUCUUAAAAUAAUGUAAAUUAACACUAGCUAGAAAUAGUUUCGUAAAAUCUACAAGUAUGUUACAUUAGGGCACAUUUCCUUGUGUAGGCUUGCAAUAACUCAUAUACUGAAAUAAAACUUAUUUCUACAGCCAAUAUGGUGUUCGGCAAUCUCCAACAGGCAUUAUUUAAACUCUACAAGUCCAGCAAAAUGAAUAGUUCAGAGGUCAGUUCUGUUGUUCUUUAUUUCAUGCUUAACAUGUUGAAUUUGCUGUCUUUCCAGGUGAAAAUGUUGUUUUAACCCCUAUUUUGUUAUUUUAUGACACAAGUGUCAUUGACGAAACCCUUAAAUAUCUUAUUUACCCUCAUUCUGUGUUAGAUAAUGUUUAAUAAUAAUGUUUUCUCGUAUUAAGAUUUUCCCCCGUGAGUCUGGUCUGAAUCAGCUGUUUCCUCGUGUGGCAGCUUACAUGGCGGGACACGAUGAUACACUGAACAAACACGGAACAACUGAUGUAGAUGGUACAUUUUUUUUUGGGUUUACAUUUGUCUAUCUUUUGUUGAGAUAAGAUUAAUUAAACUACUAGAAAAGAGCACUUGGAAAUUUUCAUUUUGUCACUGGGGAUUUUAUGUAUUAUUUGUUUUCAUCUAGCUUGUGAGGGUUGCAAGUGUAAACAAAGUUAUAAUUAUAUUUAAAUACAUUAAACAAGACAAUAAAAAUAUAAUUUAGGAAGUGCUUUGAUAAACCAAUGCAUAGAAUAACAAUUAUGACAUAAUUUCCAGAUUACCUGUCACAGCUGACAGCCAUGCAUCAUGUCCUUUCCAUGUCCAGACAAAUUCAGAAUGAUGUGACCCAUCAGGUCAAACCCAAGUACCUAGCACAUCAGCUGGCUGUAUUAUAUGUAAGUUUAGUAUAUGUUUGUUGGUCUGCCAAAAUUGACAAGGGCUAUCUGAUCAUCCGGUAAGGUGUGGGGUGGGUCACUGUGAGAUCAUAGGUGGCUAGCUAGUCUGAUGCCUGCUUGGGAUAGUCUUUGGCACCGCGGGGAGGGGAUAGUUGCUGUGGUCGGUGGGCUUAGGUUGAUUUUUCAGGCUAGCCUGCAUGUCUCAGCUGUCGCUAUCUUUCUGGCUUCAUGAGAUUGAGCCCCCUUCUUGACAGCAGAUCUCCACUUGGCUCUGUCUUGGGCUGUCUGAAACCAUUCAGAGUUGAUGCUGAAAGUAUUUAGUGCUGCUUUCAUUGUGUCUUUGGAUCAUUUUCUUUGACCUCCUUGGGAGUACUUGCCUAAUGUGAGUUCACCGAAGAAUAGCUGUUUAGGGAGCCGGUUGUCUUCCAUACGGGCUAUGUAUUCCGUCCAACGGAGUUGAGACUGCAUCAGGGUGGUGAAGAUGCUAGGUUGGUUUGCUCUAGCAAGGACCUCCGUGUCAAUCACUUUGUUUUGCCACCUGAGGAGUUUCCUAAGGCGGGUUAUGUGAAAGUGGUUUAGUUUCUUGGCGUGACGCUGGUAGACUGUCCACGUUUCACAUCCAUAGAGCAAUGUCGAGAGGACUGCUGCUUCGUUUCGCGUCUGAUACCUCUUCUGUCUCAAACAGUGCUGUAGAGUCUGCCAAAUAUUGCACUUGCUAUUGCGAGUCUGGCAUUCAUUUCAUCAUCCACUGACUGUAUAUUAUGUUAUUUUAGUAUACUCAGUGUCACUAGCACAUCAAUUAUAUGUAAGUUUAGUAUACUCUAUGUCACUAACACAUCAGUUGACUUUAUUUAUAUGUAAGUUUAGUACAGUCUAUGUCACUAUCAUAUCAGUUAAUUGUAUUAUAUAAAAGUAGCGAAUUGUGAAGAAAAAAUAAGUCUUUAUAAAAAGGGAAAAAACAUGAAAUGUGAGUACAAGGAAGAAGAAACUUUGGGAUAGUCGGGUGGGAUCAUGGCGUUGUUGGGACACUGAGUGUUAUCUGGAGACAUGUCAUUCACCGCCUAAUGUACAUUACCUCUGGCAAAGCAAUACAUCCAUGUCAUUCUGUUGUGCGUUGGUGAAGAAGAAAAGUGUACACAUGAGAGGAAGAUGUAUUCAUUGUAUGUAUUAAUAUAUGUGCCUUUAUGAAGAAGAAUGGGGAACACAUAAGAGGAAGAUGUAUUCAUUGUAUGUAGUCAUAUAUGUGCCUUUGUGACGAAGAAUGGGAAACACUUAAGAGGAAGAUGUAUUCAUUGUAUGUUGUCAUGUAAUUGCCUGGGUGAAUUCUUUGUAUGUAGUCAUAUAUGUGCCUGGGUGAAUUCUUUGUAUGUAGUCAUAAAUCUUAGUUCUUUGCUAUCCUGGCAGAGGGAGACCUCCAACAAGCAGCUUUGCAGCCCGACCCUGGGGGAGUGGUGUGGGGGGGGGGGGCAUGAGGAGCUUGGUACUAGCUCAACGGCCCGCUGACGCCAUUUCCUAAUGUACAUUUUCAUUUCAAAAUCUAAUAAAUAGUCUUUGAGAUUUUCUCUCCUUCUAUGCUCUUGCAUCUGAGGAGUUACCUUGUAUAUACCAAAUGUUUUUAAUAAAUUAUAUUUAUAUUAUUAUAAUUAUAGUUGUUUUUACAGAAUAACCCUACAGUGUUAAUAUAAUCAAACAAAUUUUUAGGCAAGUAAUUUUUAAUAAAAGCUCCAUGCAUAAAUGGUAACACUUGUCACAUUUUUAUUUAGAUUUAUUUUAAAAUGAUUUACAAAUAACUUUAAACAGCUUCCACUUUAUCAUUACCUCAAUAGCAAGGCAUCAACAGUAUACCAUCAGGGGACAGCACCCUCUCUAGGCACAAAAGCAAUAUGGAGGAAAACUUUCCCACACUGAAGAGCUACCUAUCAGAAAUAUGGGAUCAUGAAGAUGGGAAUCUGUCCCCGGAAGUCCAAGGAUGGUAAGUAUUUUUGUAGACUGCGCUCCUGACAUUUUAACAUACCCGAUGUCAUUAUUUUGCAGCACCUUCCAGUACAAAGGCAAUGAAAUGAUCUCCCUUAUCUUACCACCUCCACCCUCCCCCAGACAUUUUCCCUUUGAUUCUAUCAGUCUCCUCUCACACCUCCCAGUGGUACAAAGGCAAUGAAAUGAUCUCCCUUCAUCUUACCUCCCCCACCCUCCCCCCAGACAUUUUCCCCUUGAUUCUAUCAGUCUCCUCUCACACCUCUCAGUGGUACAAAGGCAAUGAAAUGAUCUCCCUUCAUCUUACCUCCCCCAGACAUUUUCCCCUUGAUUCUAUCAGUCUCCUCUCACACCUCCCAGUGGUACAAAGGCAAUGAAAUGAUCUCCCUUCAUCUUACCUCCCCCAGACAUUUUCCCCUUGAUUCUAUCAGUCUCCUCUCACACCUCCCAGUGGUACAAAGGCAAUGAAAUGAUCUCCCUUCAUCUUACCUCCCCCAGACAUUUUCCCCUUGAUUCUAUCAGUCUCCUCUCACACCUCCCAGUGGUACAAAGGCAAUGAAAUGAUCUCCCUUCAUCUUACCUCCCCCAGACAUUUUCCCCUUGAUUCUAUCAGUCUCCUCUCACACCUCCCAGUGGUACAAAGGCAAUGAAAUGAUCUCCCUUCAUCUUGCCUCCCCCACCCUACCCCCAGACAUUUUCCCCUUGAUUCUAUCAGUCUCCUCUCACACCUCUCAGUGGUACAAAGUCAAUGAAAUGAUCUCCCUUCAUCUUACCUCCCCCAGACAUUUUCCCCUUGAUUCUAUCAGUCUCCUCUCACACCUCCCAGUGGUACAAAGGCAAUGAAAUGAUCUCCCUUCAUCUUACCUCCCCCACCCUCCCCCCAGACAUUUUCCCCUUGAUUCUAUCAGACUCCUCUCACACCUCUCAGUGGUACAAAGGCAAUGAAAUGAUUUCUUUGUAUGUAGUCAUAUAUGUGCCUGGGUGAAUUCUUUGUAUGUAGUCAUAAAUCUUAGUUCUUUGCUACCCUGGCAGAGGGAGACCUCCAACAAGCAGCUUUGCAGCCCGACCCUGGGGGAGUGGUGUGGGGGGGGGGGCAUGAAGAGCUUGGUACUAGCUCAACGGCCCGCUGACGCCAUUUCCUAAUGUACAUUUUCAUUUCAAAAUCUAAUAAAUAGUCUUUGAGAUUUUCUCUCCUUCUAUGCUCUUGCAUCUGAGGAGUUACCUUGUAUAUACCAAAUGUUUUUAAUAAAUUAUAUUUAUAUUAUUAUAAUUAUAGUUGUUUUUACAGAAUAACCCUACAGUGUUAAUAUAAUCAAACAAAUUUUUAGGCAAGUAAUUUUUAAUAAAAGCUCCAUGCAUAAAUGGUAACACUUGUCACAUUUUUAUUUAGAUUUAUUUUAAAAUGAUUUACAAAUAACUUUAAACAGCUUCCACUUUAUCAUUACCUCAAUAGCAAGGCAUCAACAGUAUACCAUCAGGGGACAGCACCCUCUCUAGGCACAAAAGCAAUAUGGAGGAAAACUUUCCCACACUGAAGAGCUACCUAUCAGAAAUAUGGGAUCAUGAAGAUGGGAAUCUGUCCCCGGAAGUCCAAGGAUGGUAAGUAUUUUUGUAGACUGCGCUCCUGACAUUUUAACAUACCCGAUGUCAUUAUUUUGCAGCACCUUCCAGUACAAAGGCAAUGAAAUGAUCUCCCUUAUCUUACCACCUCCACCCUCCCCCAGACAUUUUCCCUUUGAUUCUAUCAGUCUCCUCUCACACCUCCCAGUGGUACAAAGGCAAUGAAAUGAUCUCCCUUCAUCUUACCUCCCCCACCCUCCCCCCAGACAUUUUCCCCUUGAUUCUAUCAGUCUCCUCUCACACCUCCCAGUGGUACAAAGGCAAUGAAAUGAUCUCCCUUCAUCUUACCUCCCCCCAGACAUUUUCCCCUUGAUUCUAUCAGACUCCUCUCACACCUCUCAGUGGUACAAAGGCAAUGAAAUGAUCUCCCUUCAUCUUACCUCCCCCACCCUCCCCCCAGACAUUUUCCCCUUGAUUCUAUCAGACUCCUCUCACACCUCUCAGUGGUACAAAGGCAAUGAAAUGACAGUGGUACAAAGGCAAUGAAAUGAUCUCCCUUCAUCUUACCUCCCCCACCCUCCCCCCAGACAUUUUCCCCUUGAUUCUAUCAGACUCCUCUCACACCUCUCAGUGGUACAAAGGCAAUGAAAUGAUCUCCCUUCAUAUUACCCUUCCCCAGAUAUUUUCCCCUUGAUUCUAUCAGUCUCCUCUUUCCAUGUUCUUUGCCAUUCCACACCCCUCUUAUCCCCUACUGACCCCUGGUCAGUGUCUGCCCUGUGAUGAUAUUUUUUUAUGUCGUUAUAUAAUAUUACAAUUAAUGAACUUUGAUUUCGGUUUUAUUUUAACUGUUAUUAUUAUAGCUGUGUGCACUUUGAUACAGCUCACGGCCAAAUUAAAUACACAGUGACAUGUGCUCACAUCAAUAAAUGAUUUUAAUGUUUAUGUGUUUUCAGGAUUUUGGAUCUGACGGACAACAUCAUUGAAGAGAUUCGCUCAAUGCCACGAUCUAUGACUGAGGAGCUGUUACCAAUCUCAAAACUAUUUCUUUAGCUAUUGAACAUGUUUUUUGUUGAAAUAAUAAAAUGAUAUUAACAUAUGCAGCUGAUGAAAUGUACAUAAACAAAUAUAAUUAUUGAAAUUGUCUUUUUUCUGCUUUUUUAAUAAAAAGUAUUUCAGAUGAAAAUAAGCUUUGAUGGAAAUUUGCAAAUGGCUUGCUUAAUAUUAUCAAUUAAAAGAAGUGUGAAUAUUUAUUUUAAAAAGUUAAUUGAGAAAAAGUUCAAGUAUAUUAUGUAGUGAUUUUUGUUAACUAUUUGUAAACAGUCAUUUCAUUCUAAAAUAAUUAUGAAUAGAAAGGAGAGAUCUUCCCUUGUUUUUUUCAAUUAAGAGAGUCCAAGCCAAGAAAUAUUCACAAAAGUGAAAGUCAGAAAGUGAAAACAACCUAAAUUACCUAAAGUAAGAGUCCAUUUCUUUUUAUUAUCCACUCACCUAUCUUAGUUCAUCUUAAACCUCUCUUCCAACCAUAACAGAUGUUCGACUCCAAAAAAUCAAAUGUUUUAGAUGUAUUUAUUUAGACGCCAAUGAUGUUCAAAGGUCAAACCCUGGUUGUUUAUAACAGAGUGAGAUGUCAUUGAGAUGUGCUCAUCAACCUGGCCCCAAUUUUUUUUUAUUUUGCACUUUUUAAAGAUUUCAGUUCAGACGCAAUGAUUUUUUGCCUCAUGGGCAAUUUUUGCUCAUAUUGCUUCUUGUAUUAUAGCAGAAUAUGUGAGUUACUAAGUAACAAGCUUGAGCUCUUAAUACAAGUUAAUAUGGACAUUUGUAAAUAGAUUAUUGUUGCGUAUUAUUUUAUCAUACAUUUUGUUUCCUGUUGUUAUUAUUAUUGCUAUUAAGAAAUUUACAUUGAUUGCCAUUCCUACUUUUUGAUACAUACAGUUUUAACACAAUUUACAUCAAUGAAAUAAAAAAAAAAGAUGAUCUGCUCCAGGGCUUGG